AUGUCGAAAGUGCAAUUACCACAAACCAGCACCAAUUCUUCAAGUAGUAACGACGCUCAUCACCAGAAAGAGGAAGAUGUUGUUGUAUUAGAGAAUUCAAUAACCAAUUCAUCUAAUGGUGGUAUUAAUGAUGAUGACGAUGACCAUUGUAAUAAUAUUCAUCAUAAUGAUGACGAUAAUAUAGAUGUUGAGAAUGAUUCCGAAAAUAUAGAUGACGAAAAGAAGAAGGAAAAUAUCGGAAAGGAAGCAAAAACAAAAAAGAGGAAGAAACCUCUCAAGUUUGAUGAGUAUUAUGUUCCUGAUCGUGUUUUACAAAAGAAAGGAAUUGAUUUGGCUUUUGUUUGUGAUGCAACUUUGGGAAGAUUGGCCAAACAUAUUAGAAUGUUGGGAGGAAACUGUUUUUAUGAUUCAUCCAUGACUACUAAUUACAUGUUGUACAUUGCCAGAACUCAGAAUAGGAUUAUUUUGACAAAGAAUAGAACUCUAAUUAAUCAACUUGGUUACCAACGAAAAGCUAUGGAUUUGAGAAAUCAAAAGAAGAAGGAGAUGAAAAAGAAUCGAAAACCUUCAACGAAAGAGACAGUUGUUUCUGAAGAUCAUGAAAGAGAAAUGAAAGAAUUGGAAUUGAUUUACAAGGAACAAGGAUUGGAAUUUAAUAGAGAAGAUUUCGAGGAAUUUGAGGAAUAUAGCAGUGAAGAGGAAGAUGAAGAGGAAGAAGAAACUACUGAAGAAUUCGACUAUAUUUACUAUUUUGUAAAGAGUAGAAGUUCUAAAGAAAUGAUCAAUGAAACUGUGAAAUUCUUCAAGAUUGAAUUUGAGGAGGAUCGAAUAUUUACAAUAUGCAUUCAAUGUAAUCACCAUAUUGUUAGUAUUGACAAGGAAUCAAUUAAGGAUGAAGUUUUCCCAAGUGUUUACAAAACUUACAAUAAUUUCUUUAGAUGUUCUGGAUGCAAUAAAAUCUAUUGGGGGAAAGAUAAAACAAGUGAACAUGUGAAUUACAAAUCUGCUAAAUCAUUUGCAAAAGAAUUCUCUUACAAUCCAGAGGAUGAAACAUCAUGUGAAUAAUCAAACCAAUAAUUUAUUUAUCUUCACUCUUUCCAACACCUAACAGUUCGAGUGUCUUUCCAAUAAAUCCUUUAGAUUCUUGUGGU